GGUGCUCGCGCCGUACCUCUCGCAGGCCAUGUUGGCUUCGACAGCAUGCCCGACCAGCUUGUCAACAAAUCUGUCAAUCAUGGAUUUUGCUUCAACAUCCUCUGUGUCGGUGAGACGGGACUGGGCAAGUCCACCCUGAUGGACACACUGUUCAACACCAAGUUCGAGGGUGAGCCCACCCAGCACAACCAACCUGGGGUGACGCUAAAGUCCAACACCUAUGAACUGCAGGAGAGCAACGUCCGCCUCAAGCUCACCGUUGUCAACACAGUGGGCUUUGGAGACCAGAUAAACAAAGAAGACAGCUACAAGUCCAUUGUUGAAUUCAUCGAUGCCCAGUUCGAAGCAUACCUCCAAGAGGAGUUGAAGAUUAAGCGCACUCUACAUAGCUACCACGACACCCGCAUCCACGCAUGUCUCUACUUUAUUGCCCCCACGGGACACUCGCUGAAAUCCCUGGACCUGGUGACCAUGAAGAAGCUGGACAGCAAGGUCAACAUUAUCCCAAUCGUCGCCAAAUCCGACGCCAUCUCUAAGAGCGAGCUGGCCAAGUUCAAGAUCAAAAUCACCAGCGAGCUAGUCAGCAACGGCGUGCAGAUCUACCAGUUCCCCACUGACGACGAGUCCGUCGCAGAGAUCAACUCCAGCAUGAACAGCCAUUUGCCCUUCGCCGUGGUGGGUAGCACGGAAGAGGUAAAAAUCGGGAACAAGAUGGUGAAGGCCCGCCAGUACCCCUGGGGCACAGUGCAGGUGGAGAACGAGAAUCACUGCGACUUUGUCAAACUGCGAGAAAUGCUGAUUCGGGUCAACAUGGAGGACCUGCGGGAGCAGACGCACACGCGCCAUUACGAGCUGUACCGCCGCUGCAAGUUGGAGGAGAUGGGCUUCAAGGACACAGACCCUGACAGCAAGCCCUUCAGUCUGCAGGAGACAUAUGAAGCAAAGAGGAACGAGUUCAUGGGCGAGCUGCAGAAGAAGGAAGAAGAAAUGCGGCAAAUGUUUGUUCAGAGAGUCAAAGAGAAAGAGGCGGAGCUGAAGGAAGCGGAAAAAGAGCUGCACGAAAAGUUUGAUCGUUUGAAGAAACUGCACCAGGAUGAGAAGAAAAAGCUGGAGGACAAGAAAAAGUCCCUGGACGAUGAGCUUAACACGUUCAAACAGAAAAAGACUGCCACUGAGCUCUUGCAGAAUCAAGCCCAGCAGGCAGGGGGCUCUACCACGCUCAAACGGGACAAAGAGAAGAAAAAUACUCCCUGGCUCUGCACUGAGUAG